CCUCUCCACGCUCCCAAGGACACAGAGCCUCUCCACCAUGCCUGGCAGCUGCUGCUCUAGGAGGUGCCCUUCCUUGCCGGCCGUCUCUCUCUGCUCCACUGAGGUGAGCUGUGGGGCACCCGUAUGCUUGCCUAGUUCAUGCCGGAGCCAGACGUGGCAGCUGGUGACUUGUGAAGACAGCUGUGGGUCUGGUAGCUGUGGGUCCCAGAGCUGCCAGCCAUCCUGCUCUGUGAGCAGCUGCUGCCAACCCGUGUGCUUUGAAGCUACCAUCUGUGAGCCGUCCUGUGCUGUCAGCAGCUGUGCCCAGCCCGUGUGCCUGGAAGCCACCCUCUGCCAGCCCACCUGCUCCACCAGCAGCUGUGCCCAGCCCGUGUGCUUCGAGGCUACCCUCUGUGAGCCAUCCUGCACUGUGAGCAGCUGUGCCCAGCCUGUGUGCUGCAAUGCCGCUGUAUGUGAGCCGACCUGCUCUGUUGGCAGCUGUGCCCAGCCUGUGUGCCUUGAGGCCACCCUCUGUGAGCCGUCCUGCACUGUGAGCAGCUGUUCCCAGCCUGUGUGCUGUGACACCACCCCCUGCCAGCCAGCAGUCCUCUGUGUGCCUGCUUCCUGCCAGCCGGUCCUCUGCAAACCUAGCUGUUGCCAGCCGGUCAUCUGUGAGCCCAGCUGCUGCCCAGCGGUCUGCACAGUGCCUACUUCCUGCCAACCCAUGGUCUGUGAGCCUGUUUGCUGCCAGCCGGUGUGCCCCACGCCCAGCUGCUGUCCCUCUGUCUGCUCUGGGACCAGCAGCUGCCAGCCUGCCUGUGGUGACUCUAGCCCCUGCGAGCCGUCUUGCUCAGGUCCCAGUGUCUGCCAACCUGCCGGCUGUGUGGCCCUGGUCUGUGAGCCUGUCUGCGUCCACCCCGUCUGCUGUGUCCCAAGCUCUUGUGAGGCCCCGUGUGCCUCCGAUUGUGAGGAGUCCUCCGGUGGGGUCUCCGGCACCUGCCAGCCCGUCUGCUCGGAGCCUAGCCCCUGCCUCCCCUGUGUCUGUGUGCCCACCCCAUGCCAGCCCUCCUACGUACUCAAGCGCUGUCACUCUGUCUGCUGUGAGCCUGUUUCUGGUCCGUCCACCUCCAGCCAGCCCCCGUGCCACCGUCCGGGCUCAUCCGCAUCUGCCAUCUGCCAGCCGACCUGCCGUCGCCGGACUUUCUACAUACCCAGUUCCUGCAACACCCCGUGCAGUACCUCUAUCUAUCGCCCCAUCUACCGCCCUAUCUGCCCGGCGCCCAUAACCUACAGGCCUCCGUACUUGACCUCCAUCUCCUACCGGCCACCCUGCUACCGGCCACCCUGCUACCGGCCACCCUGCUAUCGACCCUGCUACUCCAUCCUACGCCGCCCGGCCUGCUUCACCUCCUACUCUUACCGUCCCAUCUACUCCCGCCAGCCAUGUGCCGAGUCCGACUCUGACAAGCGUGACGGCAAGAAGUCCACCUCCAGCCAGCCCGACUGCCCUGAUGCCACCCCUAGCAAGCCUGAGGUCUCUGAGGUGACUCCGGGCCAGCCCUCGGAGGCCAAGCCAGCCAGCCCGCUUCCCCGUGAGACAGCGGCAGCCCAGCCCACUACUGGCAAGCUUGCCGAUCGCUGACCAAACCUGAGCCCCACAGCCCCUGCAGAACCAGCCACAAGCUGAAAGGAACAUGGGGCUGUCCUUUGCAAAGCUCACUGGGACUUAGCUAGACCCUUCCCUUCCUGCUUGGCCACUUGCUGCCUGCUUCUGCUUUGAAGAACUCACCAGGAAUGUCCAUAUCUGUGGCCUGAAGGGGGGCCCUGGGCGUGGAGAGGUGGCCAUUCUGAGUUCUGCCACUAAGCUGAGAAGAGCUGCUUUGUCGCAACAUUGGUGCCUUGCCUGGCACAGAGUGUUUUCUUUUUUCCUGCGUGGGCUCACUUGCAGUGUGGGUCCAGGUCCCUCUGGUGCUCCUCCAGUGAAAUGCACUUCCUGGUCCAAUAAAAUGGCUAAGUUAAGCAA